AUGGCUCGAGCAACUAAUAAAGCUAAGAGUAACUCUCAAAUACAGGAACAUGACACUGACAGCGAAACUAAUUCUGAUAUUCCUGGUUACUUUCCACUCAUUCUAGCUAUUAACGAAACUUUUUUUUUGGAUAUAAGAAGUCGUUUGAGAACGAGAAAGCCUUCAGGGCAGUCAGGCACUAAGAAAGAACAAAGCGCAUCUGAAACUGUGAAACCCAAGACGAAAAGAGUAGAGAAGCAUAGCGAACCAGAAAAGAAAAUUACUGCUAAGGCUGCAAGUAAAACUAAAGUAGAAAAGACUCCCGCACUGAAACCAGCUGUCCAGAAAAGUUUGCGAAGUCAAGCUAAGAAAGAAAUAUCAGCUGAGCCAGUUAAAAGCAGUUUGAAGACCGUUCGAACCAGAAGAAACAUUGUGAUAUCUUCGGACAGCGAUGGUUUCACUGAAGAUAUUGUUCCAACAAUCUCCCCCGUUCCCAAAGGGAAGUUACAAACCGUCAAACAGACAAAAGAAUUGCUGUGUUGCUCAUCAGAUACUCCAGAAGAAAGCCCUGAGAACUCAGAUAGCUCGGACAUGGAAAGUGAUUCAUCAGAAACGGAGUUCAAGUAUUUGCCAUCUAAGAAUAAGAAAACUCCGGUCAAAAGGGCAGCAGUCGAACAAGUUAUAACAAGGAGACAUGUUAAGCAGGAACGAGCCCCAAAAGCUGAUCAAGAGAAUGUGAAAGAAGGAAUUGAAACGAAGGAUGUGGUCGAAAGAGGAGAGAAGAAACAACCAGUUCAGAAAAAGGCCAAAAAUGGGAUUGUUGAAGAAAGUGAAGUACAGCGUGUUUCUCGCUUGUCAGUAGGAGAAAAAGUUUUGAAACACGCUGAGCAAAGUAGGCAGAUGCUUGGAUACCACGUCAGCGCUGCUGGAGGAUUGGAACAAGCCAUUUAUAACGCAACUGCCGAGGGUUGUCGAGCAUUCGCUAUGUUUUUGAGAAAUCAGCGACAAUGGGUUGCGAAACCUAUGUUGGAAUCUGUGGUCGAAAAUUGGAAACAUGCUGUCCAGGAAAUGAAAUUUCCAUUGGAGAUGAUUGUUCCUCACGGAUCGUAUCUCAUGAAUCCUGGAUCUCCUGAUGAAGAAAAAUUAAAUAAAACGAGAGAAGCAAUGCUGGAUGAAUGUCAACGAGCAGAACGUUUAGGAAUUCAAUUGUACAACUUCCAUCCGGGAUCAACAACAGGCACAUGUACCAUUGAAGAAUGUUUGGCAACAGCUGCGGAAACUAUCAAUUAUAUCAUAUCAAACACCAACUAUAUUACUCUUGUGAUUGAAACAAUGGCUGGAGCUGGACACACCAUCGGUGGAACUUUCGCUGAAAUUCGGCAAAUAAUUGAUGCAGUUGACAACAAGGAGAGAGUUGGAGUCUGCAUUGACACAUGCCACAUUUUCGCUGCAGGCUAUGAUAUCAGAACUGAAGGAGCUUAUGCCAAAACCAUGAAAAGUUUUGCGAAGACUAUAGGUUUUAACUACUUGAAAGCUCUUCACAUCAAUGAUAGCAAAGGUGAUCUCGGUUGCAAGCUAGACAGACAUGAAUACAUUGGCUUAGGUAAAAUAGGAAAGGAAGCAUUCUCUUUGAUAAUGAACGAUGAGCGGUUGAGAGGGAUUCCAAUGAUCUUAGAAACUCCUGAAGGACGGUAUGUCGAGGAGAUGAUCAUGAUGUACAAUAUGGAAAGCGAAUAA